CAUCUCACCCAUUAUACCCCAAAAAGCAACUCCACAAAUCACAUUGUUUGGCAACUUUGCCUCAAAUACAUCUUGUUACAAUCGUCCAGUAAUGGCAAUGUCUACCACUGAUUCAGCACCUCACCCAUUAUACAUACAUCCUUCCCCUGAAAAGCAACUUCAUAAAAUCACAUUGUUUGGUAACUUUGCCUCAAAUACAUCUUGUUACAAUCGUCCUGUAAUGGCAAUG